AGAAUAAUUAAAGAAGUUUGCAGCUUAUCUGUUGCGGUGGCAGGCGGUAGUUGUGGUUUGACUUUAGGCGGUGUAGAUCUGAGUAUAAAGAGAGAAGAAAGGAGAGAGUAAUGGAUUCAAGCAUGAUGUUAGCUAACAAGCAAGUUGUGUUGAAGAAUUAUGUUGAAGGGUAUCCAAAAGAGAGUGAUUUUGAGUUACGAAGUUCAAUGAUAAGUAGCCAUAUUCCACAAGGAUCAAAGGGUUUAUUUGUCAAGAAUCUUUACUUGGCUUGUGACCCUUAUAUGCGCCACAGGAUGUCUCAUCAUAUAUCGAACGAUGUUCCUUUACUUGCCUCAUUCAAUCCUGGUUCUGUCAUUAUUGGACUUGGUGUGGCCAAAGUUAUUAAAUCCGCAGAUGCAGAUUUUGAGGAGGGGGAUUAUAUCUGGGGAAUGACUGGUUGGGAAGACUAUACUUUGAUUCUUAAUACCAAUGGACUUUUCAGGAUCAAAUAUACAGAUGUGCCUCUCUCAUACUAUGCUGGAAUUUUAGGUAUGCCAGGACUUGCAGCCUAUAUUGGUUUUAAUAAUCUAUGCUCUGCUAAGGAAGGGGAUGUAGUUUAUGUCUCAUCUGCAGCAGGAGGAGUUGGUCAGCUUGUUGGACAAUUUGCGAAAAUGAAAGGUUGCUAUGUCGUUGGCAGUGCUAGUACUGAUGAAAAGGUACAUCUUUUAAAAUCACAACUUGGCUUCGAUGAUGCUUUUAACUACAAACAAGGAAAUGAUCUUGCCGGUGCCUUGAAAAGUCAUUUCCCCAAGGGUAUUGAUGUUUACUUUGAGAACGUUGGAGGAAAUAUGCUGGAUAAGGUGCUUUUGCACAUGAACCUCUAUGGUAGGAUUGCAGUUUCUGGGAUGAUCUCUCAGUACAAUUUAAAGAAACCAGAUGGUAUCCACAAUUUGUUUUGUCUUAUCUCAAAGAGAUUACGAAUGGAAGGUUUUUCUGAGUUUGACUUCCGGCACAAGGUUCCAGAGUACCUCGAGUUUGCAAUUCAGCUAAUAAGAGAGAAAAAACUGCUUUUUGUAGAAGACAUUGCUGAGGGUUUAGAAAAUGCUGCAUCAGCUUUUGUUGGUAUUUAUCAUGGGCGAAAUGUUGGAAAGCAGAUUAUUCAAGUUUCAACUGACUGAGAACUUGAAGAAUUUGGGUGAAAACAAAAAAAUACUGUGUUUCAAAGCAAUAUGCUGAGGAUAUUGAUUCAGUCCUCCUUUUGAGUAAACUGUUAUAUUAUUUAUUUUUUGUGGUGAAAACGUUGCAGAGU